GAAAAUGAUGAUGGUGAUGAUGAUGAUGCAGUUGACAGAAAUGUAUUCUCUCUGCUUCACUUUGCAGAAUAACAGCACCACGUGCUGAAGCUCUGCUAAAACCUUGCAAAGAUGGAGGACAGUGGCAGUGGCUGGCCAGUGGGCGGGGCACCCCAGUGUGGACUGGACAGGGAGGGGAACGUCAGUGGGCGGGUCUUUGAGGUGGCCGUGCAGAACGGCUCCUCCAACCGCACCUCCCAGUUCGCUGGGGUGGAGCUCCUGCAGUCCUUCAAGCCCCUGAUCAUCCCGUGCUACACCCUGGUGGUGCUGGUGUCCAUCUUCGGCAACUACCUGCUGCUCUACGUCAUCUGCCACACCCGCAAGAUGCACAACGUCACCAACUUCUUCAUCGGGAACCUGGCCUUCUCCGACAUGCUGAUGUGCGCCACCUGUGUGCCCUUCACGCUGGCCUACGCCUUCAACCCCCGCGGAUGGGUGUUCGGCCGCUUCAUGUGCUACCUGGUGUUCCUCAUCCAGCCCGUCACCGUCUACGUGUCCGUCUUCACCCUCACCGCCAUCGCCGUCGACAGGUACUAUGCCACCGUGCACCCACUCAAGAAGCGCAUCUCUGUGCCAGCCUGCACCUAUGUGCUGUCUGGGAUCUGGCUUUUGUCCUGCGGGCUGGUGGCACCCGCUGUAGCCCAUACGUACCACGUGGAGUUCCAGGAGGAGGGCUUCACCAUUUGUGAGGAGUUCUGGAUGGGCCAGGAGAAGGAGAGGCUGGCAUAUGCUUACAGCACCCUGUUCAUAACCUACGUCCUGCCCCUCUCCGCCCUCUGCAUCUCCUAUCUCUGCAUCUCGGUCAAACUGCGCAACUGCGUGGCGCCGGGUCACUGCACCCAGAGCCAAGCCGAAGCCCAGCGGGCCCGCAAGCGCAAGACCUUCCGGCUGGUGACGCUGGUGGUGGCCGCCUUCGGGAUCUGCUGGCUGCCCAUCCACGUCUUCAACGUGCUGCGCGACAUCGACAUCGACCUGAUCGACAAGCGCUACUUCCUGCUGAUCCAGCUGCUGUGCCACCUGUGUGCCAUGAGCUCGUCCUGCUGCAACCCCUUCCUGUACGCCUGGCUGCACGACCGCUUCCGUGCCGAGCUGCGUAAGAUGUUCACCUGCCACCGCCGCAUCGGCAUCCCCACCAACAACUGCGCCACCGCCAGCGUGGUGCUGUGA